GCUCUCGCGCUUUCCGUUCUUUUACGCACGGCGACAGGCUGCCUCGGGCAGCGCGCAUGGUGUCCAAAUGAGCCACCGCUCUCACGGAUCGUCCAACAUACAAUGGAUUAACAGGAAAGACAUGAGCGUCCGCACGGAGGACAGCGUCAGCCUGUGCCAGAGGGCACUCCAGAUCGUCACGGAGCUGUGCCUCGCCGGCCACGUCGACCGGGAAAAAUGCUCGGACAUCUUUCCGAUGGAGAGCAACAUACCAGACAUCUCUGUAAGUCUCCUAGCUGUGGUCGUGGGUUUCUGUGGGCUCGCCCUGUUGGUAGUCUCUCUCUUUGUGUUUUGGAAGCUGUGCUGGCCCAUCUGGAGAAGUAAGGCCCUCUCCUCGCAUGCUGAUGGCAUCCCACAGGGGAUGCUCCCCGAAGCCCCCCCGGCCAACUUGCCACCACCUCCUUCGCCCCGCCCUCAGCCCCCUUUGGUCCCAGAGCCCAAGUUGGCUGGGGUGGCGCUCAUGGGGCGCCAGGCCUCUCAGCCCCAGCAGGAUGACCAGGAGGAGAGGAAGAGGAAGGUGCCUGAGGUAAAGGUGAAUGGUCGCAGUUCAGUCAAGCUACUCGAGGCAGCCAUGAAGAUCAGCCAGACGUCGCCAGACAUCCCAGCUGAGGUGCAGCAGACUCUGCGUGAGUGCCUCAGCAAGCAGGCCAAAAUCCAGAGGCAGACCACUGAGCCCACCUCAUCCUCCAGGCAUAAUUCAUUCCGUCGGCAUCUUCCAAGGCAGAUGAAUGUGUCCAGCGUGGACUUCAGCAUGGACACUCUGCCUGUGCGGCAGUCCUCGGCGGUCAGCAUCGGACGCAUCAAGCCUGAGCUCUACAAACAGAAAUCCGUAGACUCGGAGGAAGGGAACAAGGAGCCGGUGGAGACCUGUGGCAAGCUGAGCUUCGCCCUGAGCUACGACUAUGAGGAACAGGCUUUGGUGGUGCGCAUUCUUAAAGCCCUGGACCUGCCAGCCAAGGACUUCACGGGCACCUCUGACCCCUAUGUGAAGAUCUAUUUGCUCCCAGAGCGUAAAAAGAAGUUCCAGACACGGGUCCAUCGUAAGACACUCAACCCCACGUUCGAUGAGGUGUUCCGGUUUCCGGUGGAGUAUGAGCAGCUGUGUAACCGCAAGCUGCACUUCAGCGUCUACGACUUUGACCGCUUCACAAGCCAUGACAUGAUCGGUGAGGUGGUGGUGGACAACCUGUUUGAGCUUUCCGACCUGUCACGUGAGGCUGUGGUCUGGAAGGACAUUCUUGCAUCAACUACAGAAAGUGUGGAUUUAGGGGAAAUCAUGUACUCCCUCUGCUACCUUCCCACGGCUGGCCGCAUGACCCUGACCGUCAUCAAGUGCCGAAACCUGAAAGCCAUGGACAUCACGGGUUCCUCAGAUCCAUAUGUUAAAGUCUCCCUGAUUUGUGAUGGUCGGAGGCUCAAGAAACGAAAGACCACCACUAAGAAGAACACACUCAACCCCGUAUACAAUGAGGCCAUUAUCUUUGACAUCCCACCCGAGAACGUGGAGCAGGUCAGCCUGUCAAUCAUGGUGAUGGAUUAUGACAGAGUUGGGCACAAUGAGGUGAUUGGUGUGUGUCGGACAGGCCCUGAUGCUGAGGGCCUGGGUCGAGACCAUUGGAAUGAGAUGUUAGCUUACCCACGCAAGCCAAUCACACACUGGCAUGCCCUUUGUGAGUGGCCAGGAAGAGCAUCCAGUUUUGAAAGCCAGGGCUCCUGCCCCUCCCCCAAGCCCCCCCAGACUCCAUAACCAUAGCAGAUGAGACCCUGAAUCACACAAGUCGCCUCACACUCUUUAGCGCACAUGUGCUUGGUUUGUGCCAUGAGCUUUCUGUUUUUCUCUUGUUGUGGCUUGUAACACUGCAUCAUUAUGCCAGAGGAUGACUUGUGCAGGUGUCCUCUGCUAUAUACUCCUGAUGCUACUGCAUUACCUCUAGGACUAUUUCUGAAGAUGUAUGGGCUGUUAGAAAAGACGGACAAGGCCCACAGCAGGCGUAUGAGAUGGUGAUAUGAUUGGAUGGGGAGACUGGCAGUAAAAUGAUACCAUGUCAGUUGGGUGACAUAUCAAAUAACAGCACUUUCCAUGUUGUCUUUUCUAAAAUCUUUACUUGAUGACAGUAUUUGAUAAAUGUAGACGCAUUAAAUGACAAAAAAUAAUAGAAGUGGCAUGAAUAUCUAAAAUCUAAACUUACUGUGUUUGUGAUUUAAAGGGUAAAACAAAUAUGUUGAACACUGAAUACACCUGUCCAAUGUAUGAUUCUAAAAAAAUAUAGUGAAAAUGAGACAUAUAUACAUAUAUGCAACCAUGAUUACUAUGAUUUUAUGAGAAUAUAUACAUAAUUGACUAUUCUUCUGAGCAUUGUUUAUCUAAACAGAAAAGUUUUCUUUUCUUUCUGGUUUUGAUCACAUUCAUAGCUUUCCAUUUAAUGAUCAUAGUUUGUGCAAUCAUACAAAGCUGGUCAGGGAAGAAAAAAAAGGAUUAGUAUUAGAAACAUCUUGAAACAUUGUCUAGGAAAAAUAAUUAAGAUCAGGGCAUAGGCCACCAUUUCAGUGCUUUGGGGUACAUUUGGACAAAAUAUACAUCAGUGUUGAUGAUUUUUAUGGUGCAAAAAAAAAAUCUAAUUUGACAUGUACAUAUAGAUGUCUUCAUUACAGUGAAUUUCAAACAUAUGUAACAUAUCUUAAUUAAAAAAUUCUGAUUUUGGGAAAGAAAACAAUCCUUUGUUGGUCCCAAAGUGCAGGUCAACCUCAGCCUUACAAACAGCAGUCCAGGGUCAUGUGUAAGUCACAAAACUGGUGCUUGUGUUUAUUCUUCAUAGUUUAAAAAUUGCCUUGCUAUCCUACUAAAUUGAAAACGUCUAAAAAGAACACAAAAGGUUGGAACAGUUGUGAUGAUGUGUAAACCUCAAAUCGACUUUUUCUUAGGCACUUUCUUAACAGUGCAGCUUUCAAACAUUUUGCUUUUUUGUCAACUUUUCACUGGAACUGAUGAAAAAAGGACUAGCCACAGUAGCCAGAUGAUGUAGCUUUUUGUUUUUCACAAAGCAGGAGUUUAUGCCCCAGCAGAACUAACAGAGAGAUUGUGAAAUGUUAUUGCCUAAAAUUUUCACAAUAAUAAGAUUUUUUCUCAACAUUUCCAGAACUUACACUAUCCCUGCAAUUAAAUUAGCCAUUUGUAACUCUGUUCCUAUGCAUUCAAAUAUGAAAUGACUGAGAUCUUGGUUUCAGUUACAUUAACAACAGUGCGCAACUAUAAAAAUCCAUCUAUCUGCACUAUUAGAAAUAAAGGUACUGUGCAGGCACAUUUUUCGUUUAUCAAGGUACAAACAAUGUAAAUGUACCUUCAAAGGUACUGUAAUGGGUUUAAGGUCCAAUUGUGCACCUUAAAUAAGUUUUUCCCAGAGAAAAAGUAUGUGUGUUAUUUGUAUGAAUCUAUCUAUCUAUCUCAUUUUUGUUAAGCCAUAAAAUAUUGAAAGUUAACGAAAACACAGUGUAUGAACUCCCAGGGAAUUAUUUGAUGACAUAAAGAAAAAAGUAGGUCAGAAGAAAUUAGGACAUGUGGUCUUAUUUAAUUAAAAUCCUGUGAACAUCACUGUACACACAGAUCAUUUAGAUACAUUGAAUGUAUGACUCAGAUUGUGUGAAAUGGAAUGAGUCUUGCUAUAUGGAUCCUUUUACAUAUUUCAAGUGAACAUUAGUUGCUUUUGACAUAUUUAGAAUGAAUAUUUUACUCAUUUGUUUAUUUUUUGUAAUCCAUUAAAAACCUAAUGUAUGAACCAAAUAUAGAGCAUCUAAAAACUAGGUUGUUUUCCCAGCGAGUUGCAGAAUAACAGCCAAAGCAGCAAUUAAAAUAGGGCAUGUUGCAAUUAUGCAAAUUAGUCUCGGUACAUUUAAUUCAGAUCCAACGUUGUUUGACCAAAGGUGUAAACCUAAAUUUACAUUACCUUGUCAAAAAUGAUUGCCUGCUGAUUAGAGCAGUUGCUCUUUGCCAUUGACUUUAUAAUGUCACCAUAGCAACACAACAUGCCUGCGGUCGAAUUAGUCUGUACCUGCUUGGAUUUGGUGUACAUUUCUGAAAGCGGUGGACCCCUGAAAGUGCUCUGUCUUAUAUGUUCACACAAGUAAUAAUGCAAACAAACAUGGCAAUUACACAAAGGCUGUGUACUGUUAACUUUAAUUUGCACAUUAGGACAAAGUUUCUGCCCCAGUACUCUGUGUGAGUAUUAGAACAAAAGUAAUAUAUUCUUGUAGCAUGCUGACACCAGUCUCUGGAUUUGACUGAUAUCAUGUAAAAAAAGUAGAAUCUGUAUGAACUACUGAAUUUUGAAAUUGUGUUUGUAUUUGCACAUAUCCUCCUUCCCAGUGCCAACGUACGUAAAUACUUGAGAACUUUCUUGAAAGUUAUGUUAAAGUGUAUUUCUAUGGAUUGUUUGGUGGUGAUUUGUACUAUGAGCUUGUGAUCUUGGAUAACUUUAUACACAAUUUGCAUCUAUCGUGAAAUGACUCAUCAUUUGAAUGAGCACUCUACUUACUGAGAAUACUCUUCUUUGAGCCAUUGAAAGGCUUCUCAGCAAAAUACAGUGCUUUUUGUCAUACUUGUAUUUGGCAACAGAAGUGGGCGCUACACUUUGUCAUGAUAUGUACAGUUUUGUGAUAACUUUUGUAAAACUGUUCAGUAAAUAUUUGAAAUAUAAUUUUACUGUAUCUGUUUCCUAUGUAUUUUAACUAAAUAAAAACAGCUUGUCAAACUGCAA